CUUUUCACCAUUCCUCAUUCAACGCUAAAAGGUUCAUUCUCUCAGUCUUACGACGAUACACGGCAGCGUUGGAUAUUGUCCAACCCUGUUCGAAAAGCGCAGCAAAUAGAAAUUGCGCCAAAUUUUACGUUGCCGUUUGACAAAAUCACGACAACCAGCACCAUUGAGGGAGUUAAUAGUACCGGUGAUCCAGGCAUCGGCAGCAGCAAUUUGAAAUUAGCAAUAACGGCUAAUCCAAACGAUACUGAGCGCUUCCACGACAGUUACCAUAACCGCGGAGGGGGCCAAUCCCCGCCGACACCGACUGUCGGUAAAACCCUGCUCAAUACUAGCGCCAAUCUUUUGCCCAUCACCACAGCGUCGGAUACAUUCAAUAACCUCAAGAAUCUCUUGAAGUUCGACAAGAGCUCGCCAACGCUCGAAUCGAAUCGUUCGAAAGGCGGUGGUAACGGUAAUUACAGCAAUAGCAAGGGUUCCCCGAACUCUGGCGAAGGCCGUACGAAUUUGAACGGUGGCAGAUCUGGAACUGCAGGCGGUGUUCCGGGACACUUUUCUACCGGUUAUAGCAAGAAUUCCGUCAAAAUUCGUCAACACGAUUCUGAAGUGAGCCCACGGCUUCGACGAUCUUUCCAGAGUGAUUCGUCGUCGUCGCGUUACUAUAACAAAAAUAGUGACAUCUUGGGAAGCACACAAGCUGGAGUUGGUGGUAAUAGCAACAGCAACAGCGGCAACAACAACUGCAACCCAAAUAAUCACACUGGACGCGCCGGUCUAAUUGGUAGUGAACGCGAACGACCGUUCAAUUCACAACAACAAAACGAAAGUAACGGCAACGUUAGACGUGGCGGCUACCAAUCGCAACAACCAUUAUCUCAAGGGCCUAUAGAGGGCAAUUAUGCACGCAAUUUAAAUUCCGGCUCUGGCGGCAAUUAUCGCCAGCAUCAGAACCCGCGUUAUGACAACAACGGCAAUGGAAACGGACAACAGCGUCAAUACGGUUCCUCAUCUAAUACCGGCUAUAACAAUCACUACAACAACAAUAACAGCAAUAGAUCAUUCGGACAGCGAUCAUCCGCCACUGAUGGUCAUGUAAACCACCAUCAUCAUAAUAAUAACAGCAACAACAAUAGUAACAAUUAUCGUUCAUUACAAAGAGGGGACAACACAACAGAAGAAGCAUACGGAAACAAUUAUCGCGAUUACGAGGAUACACCACGAUCCGGUGGGGGUCGUUACCACAACAGCAACAAUAGUAAUACCAACAGCUUGGAAAGAGAACGCAAUAACAAUCGUCUGCCACCUUCGGCCUUGCGCCGUAAUAACAAUAGCGAUCGAGAGAGAGGUUACGAGCGCGAACAUCGCGAUCGGGAAAAUACAACUUUUGAACAAACACAAAAUCAAAAUCGUUCUUAUAGUAAUCGUACACCACCUGUAGCUGGAGGACGUGGAACAGAAAUUAACAAUGCAUCAGUAGGCGGUAGCUCGUCAUCGGCACCCUCCUCAUCGGUUAACUCGUCGUCUUCGUCUCGCGGUAUUUCGCCAAAUAACAUUUUCAUUAAUCAGUCGUUGACCGUACCUGCAGCACCAGCUGCUGUCACUAACAGCCAACAACCUACUCCGGCUGCCACCCCACCGCCACCGGCUGCCGGACGUUGGGUACCACCAUCAUUGCGUCCGCAACAUGCACUCACGCAAACUGAAAAGAACGAUGCUGUUUUUAGAAAAGUUCGUGGCAUUCUUAAUAAAUUAACACCCGAAAAAUUCCAGGAGCUCAGCGACGAGUUACUCAAACUUGAUUUAAAUUCAAUUGUCAUUUUGAACGGCGUUAUCCUGCUGAUCUUCGACAAAGCUUUGGACGAACCUAAAUAUUCGUCUAUGUAUGCGCAGUUGUGCAAGCGUCUAUCAGAGGAAGCGCCAUCAUUCGAAAAAGAUCCGAAAAGUUUGUGUACUUUUCUUCGGCUUUUAAUAGCCGUCUGUCGAAAUAAAUUCAACGAUCGCCUUAAGCGUGAUACAGCUGAAGGGGACUCCCAAUUUAAUAAAGUUCAUCGGCCACAAGCAGCUGCCGAAAACGAUGCGGACGAAGACGAACGUCGCCACUUGGCCAAACAGCGCAUGCUGGGCAAUGUCAAGUUCAUUGGUGAGCUCAAUAAAUUGGAUAUGUUAUCGAACAAUGUGCUGCAUCAGUGCAUCAUUGAACUGCUGGACAAGAAGAAGAAACGCACGGCUACAAAGGAAGAGUUGUGUGAAGAUAUGGAGUGCUUGGCACAGUUGCUCAAAACGUGCGGUAAGAACCUGGAUUCAGAACAGGGCAAAGAGCUGAUGAAUCAGUACUUUGAGAAAUUGGAACGCCGAUCGAAAUCCACCGAUUAUCCGCCCAGGAUACGCUUUAUGCUAAAGGAUGUUAUCGAACUGCGUGAGAAUAAUUGGAUACCACGCAAAGUGGCCACCACUGAAGGUCCAGUCCCCAUAAAGCAAAUACGCAGUGAUGACGACGGACCUUUAAUACGCACACCAUUCGCAAAUCGAAAUCGCGACAUGCGUAAUAAUCGUGACGAUCGCGACAAUGACAACUGGAUGAAUCGCUUCCAUUUAAACUGUGGUUUAAAUGACGUUUUCUCAGGGCUAAGUGUAACCGGGGCUUCGCCCAUCAUACCACCAUUUACACCACCGGUUAACAACAAUCGACCGUAUAACAAUCAAAACCGUGAACGAGGCGGUCAGGGUAACAAUCAGAAUAAUUAUAAUAAUCGUUACAAUAAACAACAGGGUAGCGGUGGUCCUAAUGUGAGUGGUAACAAUCGCGACGAUCGCAACCAACACCGCGAACAAUCGAACUCUCAAUAUAACAAUAGUAAUCAAAUGAACAACAAGGAGUUGGCACCACGUUUCAAACGCAAUCUCAUGUCUACUAAUCAAGAUGGUGUCGAGAAUUUGCAAAUGCGCCCAGCACCGAAUUCAUUGUUGUUCAAAGCUACGUCGCAAAACCAAAAACUUCCACCAUUGCUACCCAUUUCAACUCCACCAACCACUGCUCCGGGAGCUAACAAUAACUCUGCAAACACGAACGGGAAUAUGCAUAAUAAUGGCCAAAAUAGAGACUCACAAUUAUCCAAUUCACAGUAUCCGUUGCUCAGCAAUCCCACGACACAUCUGAAUACACAGCAAAAUGCCCGUUUGAUUUCUUCGACGAGAUAUAAAGAAGAUCAAGAAAACAAGACGCCUGGAGUUUACCAACAAAAUAAUGGUGUCAUCAUCGAUAAAAUGAACGCAAAAACCAGUGUAUUUCAAACACAAGGAAACAAUGGCUUAUCUUUUCAACAAAUAUCUUCAAAUAGCUAUGACGUUCCGGAAGAUGCUAAUAAUGCGGAGAAUAAGAAAUCUCAUCUACCUACUCCCACGAAUAUUCAGUUGGUCACUAAACAAGGCUCUACUGAGAAAGCAGCGGGCGCCACUGGUUCCAGCAAGCAACAAAAAAAAGAGAAAGCCUUUAAUAAGGAAGAUGUGCUGAAGAAAACUGCCGUUUUUAUUAAGGAAAAGUUCUUCUAUUUUUCAGAAACUGACAAAUUGAGCCAAAAUGAUCAAAAUAGCGCUGGGGAAAAGGAGUCCGCUAUUGAAGAUAAGCAAUUCAGCGAAUUGCUUCAAGGUUUUUUGGAUUUAAAAGUUCAUGAAAAAUGUAUGAAAGAUGCGUGCAUUAAUAUUGUAUUAGAUGUUUUGGAGAAAGCGGAAGAACAGUAUUUGGAUCGCGUUUUGAAUUUUUUAGUCGCCUUGCGUAAACAAGCCAAUUUUAAGCCAAAUCUAUUGUUAGAAGUGUUUAGACAAGUAGUUAACAAAAUUAAUGAACGCGAAGCUUUGAAUCCGCGCAUUACAACGCAUGUGGCUAAUUUAUUGGGUAAAGCUACUUUAGGUGAACCCGGCUUGCUCAAAUUAAGCGAAAUAGCUAACUAUGCGGAUAACGGUCAACAUUAUCCAUUGUUCUUGCUGGUACUGCAGCAGUUGCACAAGACCAUUGGUAAGGAACAACUGGAAGAAAAAUUCCGCUCCAGUAAAGUUGAUCUUAUGAGUUGUUUGCCAGAAGUCGAUCGCAAUAAAACACGCUUGUCUGAGAUAUUAGACGAUCGCUCUCUCACCUUCUUGUACCCUUUACUGAAAGUGCAAGCCGAAAUGAGUAAACAACUAACUAAUGAUCCGACUCCGACUAUAUUUUUCAAAUGGAUCAAGGCGAACGUAGAUGCCAAACAUUACAAGGAAGAGGGUUUCAUCAGUGCCCUAAUGACGGUGAUUGUCAAACAUGUCACUUCAAUGACCAGCUUCCCAGAUGGUACUGAUGUCAAAAACUAUCCCGAUAAAAUCACAAUAGAGAAGGAAGAAAGUCUGCUACACAAAUACUGCCAGAUCUUGAAAUCAUUUUUGGGUCAUAGCAUUGAACUACAAUUGAUAGCCAUUUACGCGCUGCAAGUGUUCUGUUACAACGAAAAUUUCCCCAAAGGUAUGCUUUGCCGUUGGUUUAAAUAUUUGUACGAGGCCGAAGUUAUGGACGAGGAGACUUUCAUAAUGUGGAAAGAAGAAAUUUCCGACAAAUAUCCUGGAAAAGGCGCAGCAUUGUUUCAAGUAAAUAAUUGGUUAACUUGGCUGCAAGAAGCCGAAUCAGAAGACGAUGAAGAUUAAACUUUAAAAUAGCACGAGCUUCUUGUACCGGCAAAUAAUAUAAUUAGCCCGAAGAAAUGAUUUACGGAUAAAAAAAAAAAAUUUUGGAAAAAAAAAUACUUUAAAAUUCUUACUUCUCUCGCUCCGUUUGGAAUUUAAUAAAUUUGCCUUUUUAGCUCUUGUUUACAUAGACGCACACUUAGAUAUUUUCAGUAAUUUUCCAAAAAUUUAUUUUUAAUAUUUUUAAAAAAAAAAAAACUUCCAAAAAGUUUUGAUGGAAAGAGAAGAAAAAUAAGAUGAACACUACUACUACUACUAUUUUGACAAAUGGCCAAAUCCCACUUUCCGCUUAAAUAAUUAUUGCAAUAUUAAAUUAUUACAAACACACAUUCUAAAGUUCUAAAUAUAAAAUUUCAUUAAAAUUAAAUUAAAAAAGAAAACUGACAAAAUUAUAUAAAAACGAACCUGCUCCACUCUUUAUUACGCUAAUUGACUUGAGAAAAAAUUCCGAAUUAUAUAAUUAACAAUAGAUUUACACGACAUUUUAAAAUUUCAAUAAAUAACGAGAAAAUGGUUCAAAAAAUUCUUAAUUCAAAUUGUAGAACCGUAAUUUCAUCCAACAUAAUGUAAUUUAAUUGAAUAUUAAAACAAAAUUAUA